GAUCUAGGACCGAAGCCUCGAACGAAGCCGUCAAUGCAUGAUCGUGCCAGACGCCAAAUCGCGUGGCACAGUUGUCUGCAACCGACACAAGGCAAGAGCGAACUGACCUGUAGCUUCUUGACCAAAUCCAGGGACACCGAACAAACCAUUUCGGCUUUGAACACCAUCCAUCUCUCCGACACAACACAAGCAUCAUCACCCGAUUCUUGUUCUUCUUUGCAUCUUUCAACAUGCAUCUCUAUUCGGCCUUUGCCAUCAUCUUCUUGGCUGUUCAGUCAUCGUCAGCGGCUGUCGACGAGAGUCGAGUGUCCAACCUUCAACUUGAACCGGAGCAAGCCCGCAUUUAUGGAUGCAGAUCACAUUGCCAAUCCUUACUCUCAGAGGCCGACCCUGUGGAUCGAGAGAAUGUGGGGGCAUAUUACGAUGCGAAGUUCUACGCUACAUCCCCCGAUUUCGCCUCAUCGACCCCUGGAGACGUUUUGAAGAAAGAACUUGUUCAUCGUGGACUCGGGCGUCUUCACAGUAUCUCGCGUUCAGUUUGGCGCUUCCAAUACACUUCUCUAGAUGCGAAUGAUAGCCUUGUGCCAUCGUCCGGGAUCAUCAUGUUCCCAAGAACAUCCAUGCCCGACAUCCCACUUGGUGACCAACGCAAUGUGUUGCCUCUGGUUGCUUACGCCCACGGCACGAUUGGCCAACACUACGGUUGCGCCCCGUCUUCUGCCAUGCAUUUCUUCGAGCAGGAGAACCUGGAACCAUUACUGGCCGAAGGAUAUACUGUGGUUGCUACCGAUUACGCCGGUCUUGGGAACAACUACACCUCCCACAAGUAUCUCAGUUUUGCCGCUCACGCGAAUGAUAUCUAUUACUCGGUAGUAGCUGCGCGCAAGAUGUUUCCCAUUGUCUUCAAUGACAAAUGGAUGAGCAUUGGCCAUUCGCAGGGAGGUGGUGCGGUAUGGAAGCUGGCUGAGCAUCCACUUGUUCAAGAUCCUCGGUCUGGCUAUGUCGGCACCGUCUCAAUUGCUCCCGCUGUCAACAUGUCUGACCUUGCAACCACUACUUACGAGAAGAUCCUUCCUCUGCCCAAUUAUCAGGACUACUCCGUUACAGGCUUGAGUGCAUUACUCCUCACAGGCAUCAAGGCGGCGUACCCCGAGUAUCAGAUGCCUUGGGCUGCUGACGCACUGCAAAAUAUGUUGCACUUUACAAACAUCACACAAUCUUGUGCUGUUGCGAUCACAACCCUUGCUACAAACCUCAGAAUAGAGCAAAUCAUCGCACCCGGUGCUGCAACCCCCAUGAAUGACGAUAUUCUGAAGCAAUGGACUCAACAGCACGCAGCUGCUCAAGGAGACCCAGCAUCCAUGCCAAUGCUGCUCAUCCAAGGACUCGAAGACACAGCUGUCCUUCCCGAAUGCACUAUACGUGCGUACGAAUCCGCGACUCGACUGAACACGAUCGGUUUGCUCGAAUACUCGGGACUCAAUCACACAGCAGUCAUCGCCGCUUCGGCACCCAGGUGGCUUCAAUUCAUGAAAGAUCGCUUUUCAGACCACCCGACUGAUUUCGAGACUUCGCGUGUCACAUUCGAUGCCAAUUCGACUAUCGCAAGAUGAGUUCCAUCUCGAGCAAGUUCUGAAUGGGUCAAAGAGUCGUAUGGUACUGGAGCUGUCUUAGUUGUCAGCUGCUCGACAACAUCAUCACGUCUUGUCCCUCUUGUAUGAUGAUAUGGUCGACAUGAUUUUCUUUCAACUUCCGCUUAGUUGAACUAUGCAGUGUGUUUUCUCUGUUGGUUGAGGCAUGGUUUUUCUUCUACGUUUCAUUCGUCCUAAGCAUCUUGGCCUGUUUCGUUUUCUCCACUCCUGGUAUUGCAAGCGUUUGGGGAAUAAACAUGCGUCUGUGUAUUACAUA